AUGCAAACACACAUCUAUCCCUUUUGUCUAUUAGCAUUCAGCAUUGUUUUGAUCAAUGCAAGGUUUGUUUUUCGAUCGGUGGAUGGUGGUCAAGACGGAGAAAUACGUUAUUUGAACAAUCACCCUUAUCAUACGCAUCAUGUUGAUGCUUAUCAAAAACUAUUAGAAGAUAUCCUGGAAACAGAACUUCGUGCGGGUAAAUCAAACCUAAUUGAUCUUCAAUCGUUGGACCGGACAAGGAAAGGAAUCGAACGCGGUGAUCCACGCGAGUUUAUGGGCUGA